CAAUCUCAUCAAACAGACCAAGAAAACCAAAAACAAGUGUUCACUUGUAUACGAUCUGAGAGUGUGUCUUGUGCUUUUUCUGAAGCUUUUUGAGUGAAAAAAUGGCGCAAUACGGAGGAGAUAAGCAGUACGGAAGGGAGGGUCGCCUGACCGACGAGUAUGGCAACCCUGUUCGGCAAACUGACGAGUACGGAAACCCGAUUCAUUCCACCACGGGAGGAACCAUGGGUGAUUAUGGUUCCACCGGUCACCAGCAGGGAUUGGGUACCCACGGUAGUACAGGAACUAAUUACGGAACCAGCGGUGGUUUGGGUUCCACCGGCCACCAGGGCUUGGGUGCGAACGUAGGUCAUCCCACAGGAACCGGUUAUGGAACCGGAGGUGGACUUGGUUCCACCGGCCACCAGGGCUUGGGUGGUCAUGCCACAGGAACUGAGUAUGGAACCGCUGGUGGUUAUGGGACCACCGGUCACCAGGGGCUGGGUACGGGUACGGGUACGGGUACGGGUGAUUACAAAACUAGCGGUGGUUAUGGGACCACCGGUCACCAUGGCACCGGGACGGACGUAGGACGUGCAACUGGUGGUACUGGUGGGUUGUAUCAAAACCAACCUAGCGCCACCCCUUACAUGGGCGGUGGUUCCGAAGCUGGAGGUGGGUACGGUCAGCACGGAGGCAUCGGAACCGGCACUACUGGUACCGGCAUCGGAACCGGAACUGGAACUCUUCAUCGUUCAGGCAGUGGCAGCUCAAGCUCUUCGGAGGAUGAUGGACAAGGAGGAAGGAGGAAGAAGAAAGGUGUGAUGGGGAAGAUCAAAGAGAAACUUCCGGGCGGUGGUCACAGUACAGAUGAGCAGCAUCGGGUGUCAAGCACGACGACGACAACGACGGCGGGGGGUGGUUACGGGCAAAGUCAUGAGAAGAAAGGGAUGAUGGAGAAGAUAAAGGAGAAGCUGCCUGGACAUCGUAACGACUGAUUGAUCAAUUAAUGUCAUGGUAUGAUUGUGAGUUAAAGGAUGGAUAGGUAUAGGUAUAGGUAUAGAUAUAAUAAUAAGGAUGAAGAAUAAUCUGGUGAUGAUGGCAGAAGGUUGAUUUACUACUUUACUCUUACGUGUUUUCAUAUGGUUUUUGUUGUUUUUAAUUCCUUGUAUUGUGUUUAUGGAGGAAUAGUAUUACUAAACUAAUACUUGUUCAUUUCA